AUUGUUCAGGAUGGUGUGAGUGUGUGGGUGUGUGCGUCAGUGUUUGUGUUUGAGUGUGACCUGCCUCUCAUUCUAACUGCUGAACACUGCAGAUGAAGGAAAAGAGGAGUGGAGGAGGGCUUAAGGGAUAUGUGGUGUGUGUGUGUGUGCGUGUGUGUGUUUGCCCCACCAUGCAUUGACUUACCCCUUUUAGCUGAUCCAUAAGGUGCAGUGUGUUCAAGCCACUUUAUUUUCAGCCUGUUUUACUCCUUCUCUCUCUCUCUGUUUAAUUGUUUUUCGUCUUAAAGGAAAGCGUUUUCAUCUUGGAGGGAAAAAAAAUCAAACGUCACGCACACAUGCGCAUAUAGAGUGCCACAAUGACGCAUCGUUUGUUUUAUAUGGAUUUUUUUGAGAGCGAGAAAAAAAAGGAGAGAAAGAGAGCGAGGGGGAGAGAGAGUGGGGUGAGAGAGAAGGGGAGAGAGAGACUUUCCUAUAGAGGAUAAUUAUUUUUACCGCAUUCAACAGUGUUUUCAGUCCAGGGACGAGAGUGGGACAGAAAAUGCUGAAACUACUGCCGUCUACUCUACACAUAACAUUCAAGUUUUUCUACGGGAACUAUUGAGGAUAUUCAUCUUCCCAAAGAUGCCCACUUUGAGACUUUUUCUCUAACGAUGCCAGACUGAAAGCAAGACUUUAGGAGAUGACUCGAUUUCCCCCCCGCUAAAAAAAAGGAAUAUACCCUGUGGUGAGGGAGCCAUAAAGUUUGAUUAAAGAAAGAAAGAAAGAAAGAAAGAAAAAAAAUCGGCCCAUAUAUGUGAAUUGAUUUUUCCUCCGCUCUCUCUCUCUUUUUAACAUUCCCUCGGUCAGUCGACGGAUUUUUGCCAUUACAGCUCAGUAGAGGGUGUCAGAUCUUCCUCGGAGCACGGAGCAAGGAUGAACACAAUCUCUGUGUUCCUUUUCUUGUGAUUCCCAAAUCGUCACCUUAAAAAGAAAAGAGGUGUCGGUGCGUGGUGGUUUUUGUGCCAAGGGGCUAGAAAGAGAGAAGCGGCGCAAAGGAAAGACACGCGAACCCUGAAGAAUGUGGGAAGGGGGAUGCGGGUGAUUUUGCAGCGGUGGGAUCGCCGCCGUAGCUCCAGCGCAGGGUGUGCAUUCAGCACCACGGGAGAGGGAACAGCUCCCUGCGCCGCAGCACCACUGGAGUGGAGAGAGAGAGAGGCAGAAAAGAGAGACAGACAGGGCGAAGAAAAGACAAGGUUUUGUUCGUUUUCAUCCUGCCAAGGUCAGUCUGAAAGCAACUGAAAAAGUCUAAACAUGUGCCGGACUCCGCAGACGCUCGCUGGUAUUGAUUUUCAUUAUAAACACUCGAAAGAUCUGAAGAAUCGGUCGAUGUGAAAGAGACGUUUAUGUUUUCAAACUGGAAGUCUGGACACGAUCGCGUUAGACGCAGCAUGGAUCUGUAAUGAUAUUUGUCGGGGGAAAAAAGACUGCAUCAUCUCCUCCCGAAAUGUCUACAUCUUUGUCCUUUUUUCUCUCUCACUCCGUUGAUGUAGACUAAAAUCACAGCUCGUAUGUCUUGAAAUUGGGAAUGACUUGCUCACGUUGAAAAGAAAAUGCUGCUUUGGAUUAUUCUGCUGAAUGCGGGUCUUUGUGUCGCCAGUGGAAAUGUUACAAGGGACGUUUGUAAGGAGCAGAUAUGCUCCUGCAACGAGAUAGAGGGAGAUGUGCACAUAGACUGCGAAAAAAGGAGCUUCACCACUCUGCAGCAUUUAACUGGCCCCAGCUCACAUUUCUACCACUUGCUGCUGCAUGGGAAUUCUCUGUCCAGGUUAUUUCCCAACGAGUUUGCCAACUUUUACAACGCUGUGAGCCUGCAUUUAGAAAACAACGGCUUGCACGACAUCGUCCCCGGCGCAUUUUUGGGGCUGCAGCUGGUGAAGAGACUGCACAUCAACAACAAUAAGAUUAGAUCGUUCAGAAAGAGUACAUUUCUGGGCUUAGACGACUUGGAAUAUCUCCAAGCUGAUUUUAAUCUACUGAGAGAUAUUGACCCCGCCGUUUUCAGGGACCUUAAUAAACUUGAAGUGUUAAUACUUAACGACAACCUCAUUAGUGCGAUACCACUGAACGUGUUUCAACAUGUGCCCAUCACACAUCUCGACCUGCGGGGAAACCGAAUUAAAACGUUGCCUUAUGAGGGGAUUCUCGAACAGAUACCGGGCAUUGCGGAGGUUUUAUUGGAGGACAACCCGUGGGACUGCAACUGUGACUUGAUUUCUCUAAAAGAAUGGCUAGAGAACAUACCGCAUAAUGCACUUAUUGGGAGGGUAAUAUGCGAGGCUCCCACCAGGCUGCAAGGGAGCGACUUAAACGAGACGUCAGAGGAAGAUCUGUGUCCUUCACAAAGUGGUGGAGUGGACAUCAGCCUGGUAGCCCCUCCCACACAGGAGGAGACCUCAGCUCCUGUGGCCCGCGGCUCACGUCCCACGCCAGACAAGCCCAGCGGAGACAGCGGAGCCCCAACACCUGGCGGCCACGGAUCCAAGAGCCGCUCCAAAUCUCGGGAGAACUGGCAACUGAAAACUAAGCCCACUCCAGUGUCGACAGGUGAGAACGGGGAGAGGGAGCAGCUUCACAACAUGACGUGCCCUCAGCCAUGCAACUGCAAGCUGGUGGGCUCAAGAAGAGGGCUGGGGGUCAACUGUGAGGGGAAGAAAAUUGAGAGUCUGUCCAACCUAAAGCCCAAACCCCUGUCUGCCCACGAGCUGAACAUGAGAGAUAAUAACAUACACGCAGUGAAGAAGAACCAGCUGCUUGGCUACUCCAGCCUCAAUUUACUUGAUCUGGGGGGGAACAACAUCAAAGUGAUAGACAAUGGCACCUUCCAGAACCAGAGUGAGCUGAGAUGGCUGUACAUGGAUAAGAACUAUUUGGAUACACUGGUUGCAGAGAUGUUUGUGGGCCUUGUAAAUCUGGAAUAUCUCAGUUUGGAAUAUAACGACAUUCAGCUCAUAGUGGCCGGCGUGUUCAGCCCCAUGCCAAAUCUGAGGGUGCUGUUCCUCAACAAUAACUUGCUCAAAUCUUUACCCGUGGACGCUUUUCUUGGGAUUUCUUUGUCCAAAAUCAGCCUACACAACAACUACUUCCCCUAUCUCCCUGUGGCUGGCGUACUGGACCAGCUCAAUUCAAUCAUACAGAUCGAUUUGCACGGGAAUCCUUGGGAUUGCUCAUGCAACAUUGUGCCCUUCAAACAGUGGACAGAGAAGUUAGGGGCCGACGUCAUUGUGAGCGACCUAAAGUGUGAAUCCCCCGAAGCAUUCUGGAAACGAGACUUCCGCUACGUGCGGAAUGACCUCAUGUGUCCCAAACUUUAUGACAGAACCCCUCCUACUUCCUUGUCCAAAAACAGCACCUAUGCCCAGGACUCUGGGACUCGCCCGAAUUCUUAUUUGGAGCCCAACAGGGUCUCUAUCUCAGUGCUGGUCCCCGGGCUACUGCUGGUGUUCGUCACGUCCGCUUUUACCGUGGUGGGAAUGCUUGUCUUUAUUUUGAGAAACCGAAAGAGGUCAAAGCGGAGGGAUGGGAACUCCUCGGCCUCAGAGAUCAAUUCUCUGCAAACUGUUUGUGAUUCGUCUUACUGGCACAGCGGGCCCUACCACACAGACGCAGGCGCUCAACGGGGCUUCGACUGCAGCACGCACCUCUCCUCAGCAAAUGAUGCGUAAAAGUGUGUGUGUGUGUGGAGGGGGGGGGGGGGUUUGGG